AUGAAGGUUCGAUAUGACUCUGAAGUUGCGAGAGAGAACGCAAAAAAGGCUGAAGAAGAAAAGAUGAGGAAGGAGAAAGAAGAAGAAGAGCGAAGGUUGAAGGAUAGGAAGGAGAGAGAAUAUUUUCAUGCACAAUUCAGUGCUACCAUGAAUGCCAGGUUCAACAAUAUCUGUGAUUUGAUGAAGGGUAAGAAGGAUGCUGGUGUAAGCGCACUAGAGAUUGAAGGCCUGAAGAAACAGAUCGACAGUCUCCGGAGUACUCAGGCUCAAGCUCAUGGAGGGGCCAGUACUUCGACCGUCAAGCGCAAUCAGGAUGAUGCAAUUGCUUUAUUAAUGAAGGAACAAGAAGAGUUGAAGGCAAAAAUGGAUUUGACUGCUGGGGUGCAAAARAAGAUGGAGUUGAUGGAAGUUGAGAUCCGCUCUCUUAAGCUUAUGCAUGAGAAUGUUGUUCAAGAGGCUGAUACCUGGAAAUGGGAGGCUCUACGUUCAGGGAACAAACGCAGUCAUAUUGCUUUGUCACCCUCCGCCAAGAGUGGAAUGCAGGUUACCCCGGCGUCCGUUGCAGGGAAACGUGCUCUGGGGGAUCCAAGCCGAUUGUGGAACUGCACAAUCUAUAGAUUGGAUGAGGCUGGACGUCCCACCGAAGGAYGUACGGGUAAAGGAAAGAAGAAGCCGAGUGAUCCGCUGACGGGAACCAAAGAAGUGCAGCGUGAAGCAUUCAUGAAGGAAGCCAGAAAGGAGUUUCGGAACAUGAAGAAGGACGACGUCGUUGCUAUUUGUGAAAAGGAAGGCAUCAAGUAUUCUACUUUGCACGAGACUUUUGCGGAGAUUAUUGCCAAACGUGCUGAUGCUGCAUUCCCUAAUGAUAAGGUGGAGAGAACCGCGGGAAAGAUGAAAGCAGCUGUUCGUGCGCGACGGAAGGUGACGGCACUGCCGAGCAGCGGUGAAGGCUUGGACUUGGGUGCAGUUUCCGACGCCAUCCUCCAGGUGUGCUACGCGAUGGGGAGCGGCGCAUUUUCGAGGGCGACUCCACGAUUGGUGGAUGAAGCGGCGGACGGGAGGCACCUGGGAGGUCCUGCGGCAAUGCGAGGACGCCACCGACGAGUACUUCAGAGACAAGCUCCGAAUGUCACCACGGUGCCUCUGCAGCCUGACCACAUUGUGGCGUACGCUCUCUACACGUGGGCGUCGGGUGAGACAUACGACAGCGGAACGUGCAGAUUCGGCAUCGGGAGGGCUUUUGGCAUCACAGUGGUACGAGACGUUACUGCCGCCUUGCUUGCUGUGUACCCGGACAAGAUUUCGUGGCCCACUCGCUUGCAGAAGGCGGUCGUGUUGCGCGCGUUCGCAGACAAGGGCUUUCCAAAUUGCCAUGGGUGCAUCGACUGCACCCACAUCUACGUCGACAAACCGGCCAACGCAAACGGGGAGGACUACUGUGAUCGGAAGAGGCGAUUCUCUGUGCAGGCGCAGGUUGUGGUCGACAUGAAUUUGCGUGUACUGGACGUCUUCGUGGGUUACCUUGGCAGCGUGCAUGACAUGAGGAUGUUACAUCUGUCCAGUUUGUGGGAGCGCGCGGAGUCUGGACAACUUUUCACUGACCCGCAUGCCAUGCUGCCAUUCGCUGUCCGAACGAAUGGAUACUUGCUGGAUGACAAUGGCUAUCCCCAGUCGGAAUGGAUUGUCAUCCCUUAUGGAGGUCUCGUGCAGCACCCCACGGAGGCACGGUUCGACAACAAGCAGAAAACGGCGAGGGGAGCGGUGGAGAGGGCGUUUGGAAGAUUGAAGGGCAUGUGGAGGUUGUUCCUGCGCACGCAGAAGUGCAACAUGGACACGUUGUCGUAACAGUUCAUUGUUGUGUGCAUCCUCCAUAACAUAUUGAUCGACGCAGGCAUUCCCUUC